UGUCAUAUAACAGUAAGAGUGGUUAGUGAUUUUAAGCCAACAUAUUUGCAUCAUUAAUUGAGUAGGUUUUUAAAAAUAAUUAGCUCCGUCAUCAUGCAAAGGAUUGUUUAUUUAGUUCAAAGUCCGGUUAUUCACAGCAAAUUUAAAAGUACAUAUGAAAGCUAUCUCUUUCAAUGUGAUUAAAAUGUCAUGUCUGCCAUAAUAUUACUGUUAUAAAUUAUUGCUCAGAAGCCCAAAUACAACUCUGUCGAUUUAUUCUCCGGCUGUCAGAAGAAUGGAAAACAUGGCGCUACAAAUCUUUCUAGUUUUGUGAAUUAAGGAAUGUAAUUUCUUGUUUUUCUCAUAGUUAAAGUGUAAUUUAUUAAUAGAAAUUCCUUGACAAACACCUAGAAUCCUACGGAGAAUACAUAAUCGUUGCAAGAAAUUAUGGAAGUGUGCCGUAAAUAACUGAAAAAUAAUCGUGAAAAGCGCGUCGUUGCGAAAGGAGGAAGGAAAAAUAUAUACAAUAGUUUGAAGUGAAGAGUGAAAGGGUGCUAUUGCAAAUUAAAAAAAAAAAGAAGAAAAGUGUUAUCGGGUCUAGUGCGCUCCUGGCACAUUGCUUACUCGCUGUUGUGUCCUAUGCCAAGCAUAAAUAUCAACGAGAAUAAUGUCAACAAUAACGCGAAAAUAAGUAAAGACGCAUUGCGAAGUAAUUGGAAAACGCGCGUAAAUUGUUGUAUUAGUUUUGUGUUAUAUAUUUGCUGUUGAUUGAAAGUUGCAUAUACUAAAUAUUAGUUGAUAGAAACCAAUGUCCUAAAAAUGAGUGCAGAUACUUUCGAUGAUGACUUCUUCGAGACACGCCUGGAGGCACUCAAGGAUACCCAGGAAGGCAUACAGCAAAUGUCAGCUUGGUGUCUACAACAACGUAAUCACCACAAAAAGAUUGUAUCCUGCUGGUUGAAUGUGUUUAAGAGAGUACGUGUGGAACACAGGCUUACUUUAUUCUAUCUGGCUAACGAUGUCAUACAAAAUAGUAAACGGAAACGAUAUGAGUUUGUUGAAAGUUGGGCUACCGCUUUACAGAGAGCAACGACCAUGGUCAGAGAUGAAAAGGUAAAAGGCAAAGUUCUACGCAUAUUCAGCAUUUGGGAACAACGAGACAUAUACAGUGAAGAGUAUCUGAGCGAUUUAAGCGGCUUAUUGAAUAUAAAUCCACCGAAAAAAGCGCAAACAGUUACUGUAGAAUCCUCAGAUGAUUAUACGAAUGGCCCACUUAUAGCCAAUAUACGCGAAUGUGUCGAACUUUCUUUGGCGACAGAUAACAGUUUUAAAAAAUUACCGAAAGCACCUAAUUGUGAUAUCGAAUUGAUAAAACAACAAAUAAAAGACAAAAGCCAUUCAGACGAUAUUGAAAAAGAAAUCGAACGGUACACAACUUACGCGGAAGCAUAUAGUAAGCACUUACAAGCCGAAAUUCGUAGCCGCAAAGCGGUGCUAAGUAAUCUCGAUACAUCUAUUAAAUUCUAUACAAAUCAACGUGGAGAAGUAAAGGUGGUCGUUAGCGCGUAUAAAAACUUUGGUAGUCGCAUAAAACUUGUGAAGAAGAAAUUGGAUGAAAUCACACCCAACUUGCCUAGCCCUAUACCAUCGCCGGACAUAAAUGCGCCGUCACCUGAACCCGACGCAGAUCUACAACUACCGGAUGACCAAACACCGAUCUCAAUUAAUUUAUUUAAAAAUUCAAUCAAUGGUUAUUCAAGCUAUUUAGAUGGGAAAUUACCCUUUGACAUAAAUGACUUUAAGCGAGACGACAAUUCAAACAAAUCAAGUCAGCCAAUUGAGGUAAUAGGUUCUCGUUCAGAUGAUGAGAGCUAUAGUUCCAGCACGGAAUAUUAUAAACCUGAACCAAUAACCGCUUUUUCCAGCAGCACCAACAUUUCCAUACCAGGCUUAAAUCCUCUGCCAGUGCCUCCAGUUGAAUCGGGCUACACAUCACUCGCUCGCUCAGCUCAACAAUAUGGUGGUUUAUUACCGCCACCCGCGACUACACUCUUUGGUGGAAAUAAUGGGAUACAUCACGAUUACAACUCAAGCUAUACGCCUGAUAGUGGUUAUCAUAGAAGCGGUGGUGCGGGUGGUUCCGUUAGUAAUAAUACUAUUAUAGGUGGACAACCGCUAAUGCCACCGCCGCCAAUGCCUAAUUUAAAUAUUAUAGACAAUGUUAGCGGUGGCAAUGGCAUCAGUGGAGUGUCACGUACAUCUAAUAACGGCAGUGAUGAUUUCAAUUCAACAUGGAAUAUGAAUUUGUCGUGGACAUCCGUAGACAAUUCUAAUUUAUCAAACUCUUCAUAUACACGUGAUAGCAUAGAUACACCUGUUUCACCGCCACAUUUUGAGCGUGAAGCUAGUAGUGGAGCUGGCACGACCAUCGAGUACAGCGAGCAUCACACGAGCAAUCUUUUGGUAUCGCAACAAGAUGUUGAUCAUCGACAAUUAGCAUUCGAUGUGCCUAGUGCCGAUUUGGGUGUAAAAUUAGGUCUGAGCAAAGAGAAAUCACGUCAGUUGGAUAUAGAUCAUAGGAAUUUGAUUUCGCUAACCGGCUCACCAGGUGGCAAUGAUGGCGACAAAAAAUCUUGGCUAUCGCAGGAUCCGAAUUUCCUGGAAAAUACAUCCGGCGAUGUUGACUAUCGUGCUUUGCCAGGGUUGGCUUUGGAGUCUACUGAUGUAACGUCCAAGCAUGGAUUAAUGGCCCCACCACCUUCUAGUCUGCAGAAGAAGACGAGUUCGCCACAAAAAAGCAAUGCCAGCUCGUCGUCAGACAAGGAAGAUGCUGGAAGUGCACGCUAUGAUCCCUCCGAUAUGGUGAUCGAUAUGGACAUGUCCGAUGAAGAUCUCGAUGAUAUAUUAAGAGAAGUAAAUGAGCAGCAAAGUGAUCAGCUUGAUAGUUCACAGCAAUCAAUUGGUAGUGGUGAUGGCUUACAAAUCGAUAUUUCCAAAGAGCAUAUCGACGACGAAUCCUUAGGUGCGGCUGGUGCCACAAGACCGGCUUUAUUAGAAACACCGCCGGAAUAUAUACCGCAACCUGUCUGGAACAACAAUCAGUUGGGUCAAGCGCCAAUGCCCAGCUACGAACCACAAAAUAUUGGCAUGAAUAUGGAAAUGCAACAGCAGGAAAUGUGGAAUCAAAACAGCUGGCAUAACGAUAACAAUGGGCGUGCUGGUGUGCCGCCACCUCCGCGCCCACCCUUUCCAUUACCUUUUAAUAAUUUUCCGAUGAAUUCAAAUAUGCGCGGCGGUCGUGGUGGCGGUGCGCCAGGCUGGGGAAAUUCGCCGCAACAAAAUCAAUUUCGCAAUGACAGAUUUCCACGGCCACCACGUGGUGGACACGCCGGCAGCCCGUAUUACAAUCGUGGUGGCAGAGGCGGCGGCGGCGGUGUUGGUGGUGGGGGUGGUGGUAUGCGUGGCGGAUUUCGUGGUAAAUUUCGCGGCAAUCCAACGUGGAUUUAAUUAUGAUGUGACACUUUAAAAUAAAUAUUUGCAAUGUAAAGCGAUGCAAAAGCGAGUUAUAUCAUUCUUGUACAUAACUUAAAUUCUAUAUGAAAUUUGAAACAAAACUGAAACAUUUUAGAUAUUUCAUUUUGCGUUUAAUGAAAAAUUUUAGUAAGGACAUAAAAUAUACUGUGCAUAUGAGUUCAUGAUUAUUUGAAGUUAUAACGGUUUAACUGGAUAAUACUGUGAUUAAAAAAUAUAUAAUUUGGAAAAAACUAAGAAGUUGCACAUUAAAAAUCAAGUUGCAUUUUUAUAAAAAAAAAAAAACAAAAAAAAAUUAUUUUUAAAGCACUUUUGUCCAGUCAAACAUUCUAAAUAUAAUUUCUAUAUUUAUGACUAUUUAAUUCUAAUAUUUGCACAACUUCAUUAACAUAUGUGUGCGUAUAUAUGUAUAUAUAUAUAUAUAUUUUGUAUACAUUUAUGUACGCAUCUUUAACUGCUUAGAAAUUAAUGCUGUCUGAACUUAGUGUUAUGUUAUUAUUUUACGAUAUUCGAUAUGCAAGCAGAAUCUUUUUACCAGCAAAUAGUUGGAGAAGUUAAAAAAAUUUCAUGUUUUUUGAUACAGAUGGCCACGAACCAACUGUGCUUCGCUUUAACUAACAUAUUCGAUGUGUGACUGCGCCGAAAGCUUUACAACUUUUUCAUUUUGCUGGUAAAGAAAUCAAAAUAACUAUAAUGUUUAGUUUAUUGUUUAACCGUUAACUAGGUUAACUUAAGUGUGGUAAAUUUCUCAAUUAAUUGAAAUAAUAUGAGUUACGUAACAUACCAUAUACUCUUAUCCCAUAUGAAAUUUAAUCAAAGAGAAAAAGCUGAAGUUUUACUCGAAAUAGAACAGUUAAUCUUUAAAAAAACGAAAUUUGCUAAAAAAAAUUGCUUAAAAAUAAAUUGUUCUAUGAAUGAUACAUAAGUACACAUAUUGCACACAACAGAAACCUAGCUUUUGAAUUCCAUUACAAACACACAUUUUUCUUUUAAAAAAUUUUCGAUGACCUCGCCUACCCCUACAACAAUCCACAAGUACAUAGAGUUAGCAAUUACUAUAAAUGUUUAUCAAAUAAAAUUUAACAAUAAAGUGUUUGCAUUACUUUAA